CGAACAGCCUGGAGACCGACAUUAUCUGCCUGUCUCCCGUGUAAUUCUCAACGAUGCGCAGCACGCCGUCCUGCGCAGCGCGCAUCUUCACAAUCAUUUCACUCGUCUUCUUGUCCACACUGUCUUUCACUCUUAUUUACGGCGACCAUAUUGCUAUUGGGGAAAGUCCCUCGGUCGUCCUCACGUCGCGAAAGCGCGAAUUCGACCUGAUCUCUUCUAGGAAUUUUGCAUUCGUGAAUGCACGCCAGGCAGACACGGGUUCAGAAGCCAAUAAUGGGUCGGUCUCGUCGAUCAGUCAAUCGCUGGUGACUCCGACUUCACAGGCUUCCUCGUCGACGGCGCAGACUUCGUCUGCACCACCUUCGUCCAGCGUCAGGCAGUCGUCUUCCACCGCAGAAGUCACCUCUACAUCUAUUGUAUCUGCAUCGUCGACUUCCCCAUCGCCCUCUUCUUCCUUUGAGUCUUCAUCUUUGGCCGCACCUUCGGCCACACCUUCGUCCGGCACCACUUCCACCCCUUCCUCGACCAUAGCGACAUCGUUCGCCACGACAUCAGCGUCUCCUUCAGCAUCCUCCCCCUCGUCUGCCUCAUCAUCGUCCGCUUCUUUGGCCUCCAGCACGUCAGCGUCGACCUCUGCCAAGAGCUCCGCAAGUGCAACGUCUGCACAAGUCACCCAAACUGCAUCUGUUGCGGUAGUUGCGGAGACCGCCACAUUCGCGACAGCGUCUCGCGUUGUCUCCACCUCUAGCGCCGCCACUGCUUCCCAAACAAGCAUCUCCGGUGCUGCUUCGACGGGAUUUUUCUCCAAUAAAGCAGCCGUCGCCGGCACAUUCGCCGCAGUCGGCGUUGUCGCCCUUAUCAUAAUCGGCGGUUUUAUCCUGGUCUAUGUCCGACGACGCAAUGCCAAGCGCGAACUCGACGAUGAGGACUUUACUUACUUUGAGAAACCCUCUACGUCACACGACGGGUUCGAUCGCGGCGAGGAACUGGGCGGCGGAUCCCUUGGAAUGAGUGCAACAAACAUCGCGAUCGCGCCUACCGAAAUGGCUGCCUAUCCUGAUCGCGGGAUGCAUUACGGUCAGCCCGAUGCAUAUGGGAUCUCACAGCAGCAGCCUAGUGGCAUGCAGCCCACUGCUGGAGUCUACAACCCGACGGAGUAUGGGAUAGAGUAUCCUCCCGGCACCGAGUAUCGCGCGAGCGCGUACGAUUCUCGUGGCGACCCGUACCAGCAGGCCGGAGAAUAUGAUCCCUACGCUGCUGGCCCCGCUCCUGUGCGCCGGACUUCUCCCAGCGGUACCCACCCGUUCGCAGACCCUGCUAAUACCAUGCACGCACAGCAGGCCCCGCCCGUCUCGUAUACCCGUGGUGCCUCAAGAGUACCUCAUGGCGGCUACGAGCCCUCGCUAGACUCUUUCUACGGUGCAAAUGGUGCCGGUAUUGGUGCAGGAAGGGCCUAGCGAGCUUUCACCUCUCGCGAAGCCUCUUUGGUGAACAACAGACAGACGUCCGUGGGCAAUACCAAUGGGCAAUAUACGUGCGCUUCUCUUCCUCUGGCCUGAUACAAUGGGAGGUUGUAUAUACAUUCGAGCAUUGUAUGUGUAUGCAGCAGGCCCUGGCUGGCGUGUCUGCGAUUCUUGCAGGCAAGCUGGUCAUUCUUUUCUCG